AAAAAAAGGCCGAUGCUUUUACGUUGGUAAUAACUAGCGAGUUGUUCUUCCGGUGUCAAAGGUCAACUCGUCUUAGAAGCAGCAAGAAUUAAAUAAAAUCGACGGAUCCCGACUGAAAAACUACUCAAAUCAUGUCCCACACCAUCCUGCUGGUGCAGCCCACCAAGAGGCCAGAGGGAAGGACGUACGCCGACUAUGAAUCCGUGAACGAGUGUAUGGAAGGUGUGUGUAAGAUGUACGAGGAGCAUUUAAAGAGAAUGAACCCCAACAGCCCGUCGAUAACGUACGACAUCAGCCAGCUGUUCGACUUCAUCGAUGACCUGGCUGACCUCAGCUGUUUGGUGUAUCGCGCCGACACGCAGACGUACCAGCCGUACAACAAGGACUGGAUCAAAGAGAAGAUCUACGUGCUGCUCCGCCGCCAGGCUCAGCAGGCGGCCAAGUGAAGCUCCACGUGUUUGUGUAACUUGUGUUCCGAUGGUUUCAGGAACUGCUUUUGAGAAGUUUUUGACAACGUUUUUUAAAAGGUUUUUUUUCUCAUGAAGGGGAGGUGCAUUUUGUAUUUUAAUGUUUGCCUUAUUAAUAAAGAUUUCAUUUAAAAAAACUA